AUGGCUCGGAUGAGGAAGGCAGCGGAGGCCUUCUGGGCCGAACUGGGCUUGCGGAUCGCACUGUUCACGGCCUUCCUGGUAACGGAGCUUCUCCCUCCCUUCCAGAGGCUUAUCCAGCCCGAGGAGAUGUGGCUGUACCGGAAUCCGUAUGUGGAAGCAGAGUAUUUCCCUACCAAGUCGAUGUUUGCCAUUGCAUCUCUCUCCCCACUGUCUCUGAUCCUCCUGGCCAAAUGGCUCAAGCAGGCGGACACAACGGACAGCAAACAAGCCUGCCUGGCUGCCAGCCUUGCCCUGGUUCUGAAUGGUGUCUUCACCAACACAGUAAAGCUGAUAGUGGGGAGGCCACGCCCGGACUUCUUCUACCGCUGCUUCCCUGAUGGGCAAGCCCACUCUGACUUGACGUGCACGGGCGAUAAGGAUGUGGUGAACGAGGGCCGGAAGAGCUUCCCUAGUGGACAUUCUUCCUUUGCAUUUGCUGGGCUGGCCUUUGCUUCCUUCUACCUGGCAGGGAAGUUACACUGCUUCACACCACAAGGCCGUGGAAAAUCUUGGAGGUUCUGUGCCUUUCUGUCACCUCUGCUUUUAGCAACUGUGAUUGCACUGUCCCGCACCUGUGACUAUAAGCAUCACUGGCAAGAUGUACUAACUGGAUCCGUGAUUGGCCUGACAUUUGCCUAUGUCUGCUACCGGCAGUAUUACCCUCCUCUGACUGAUGCAGAAUGCCAUAAGCCAUUUCACAACAGACUUGUACUUCCUACUGCACAAAAGAAUUCUAUGGAUCCUUAUCCUCUUGAUAUUUAGAAAUUGGAGCUACCUCAGUUGAGAAGAAUAGGUGAAUCAGCCCCUCCUCUCUGGACCAUGGGAAGACAAGAACUUCCUACCUUUUGACCUGUUAAAAGAUACAAGUGAGGACAUCAGCAUUUCAUUCUGUUCCAUGAUUAUGCAGUUUUGCCCCUGUUCACAUGAAUUCAUCAUGAGGAGUCACAAGGUUCCUUUUCAGUAUUGUAUGCCACACAUUCUCAUAAGAGAGCUUUCGAUAAUACUCCAACAGCGUACAAAUCUGGUUCGUAAGAUUGCUUUCUCUCCCUUCAUGACUGAAGAUCUUCCCAAAUGCAUCAACUUUGCCAACUGGGUAAGGCAGGAAAGAAAAAUUACAGAGAUCAUUAUCUGAAGGACAAAUCUUUUUCUGUCCCUUCUUCACAGUGAACUAAAAGGAACAAUUACAGGAUAUCAUUAGAACGGAUGCUCUAGUACCUACAACUAACUUUCUCUUUAUUGAGAUUAUAUGUUAAAUAUGACCUUGUCUUAUACAUUAAUUUCUAUAACAACAUAUUUUCAGUGUAUCUU